UCGAAAGCAUGACUCGACAAACUGUGCUCCGCAGCAAACCUUUACUGGUAAACAAGAAUUCCACGACGAACCAGAAGACGAGGUUCGCCGAGGUCGCCGGAGGGACAGCCGCAGAGUGUGCCGCCGUAUGUUGCUGCUGCCCUUGCGGGCUUCUGAACCUGCUCAUCCUCGCCAUGUAUAAGUUGCCGGCGGGUCUAUGCAGGAAAGCCUUGAGGAAGAUGAAGAAGAAGGAGAAACAGAGAUUGAAGAACGGGGGGCUUCUGAUGCAGAGACCCAACAGGUGCACGUCUGGUUCCGACCAAACACAGUCGCAGGUACACAAAGAAGAUUUGACGGCAAAUAAGGUUCUAGAGUUGGAGAAGGAGAUGUGGGACCGGUUUCACGGUACUGGAUUCUGGAGAAGUACUUCUAAGUUUCAAGAGGGAUUACAACAAAUAGACACAUGA